AGAACAUUAGUUUCUUGCUUUGACCACAGAACAUCAACAAAACCUUUUUUUUUUUAAUGUUCCAUUUUCUAAGCCUUCGCAUACAGAAGGAAAGAAUACGGUCUAACCUUUGACCCGGAUGUAGAAUGUGUGAGAGUAAUGGCGUUGUAGUGGAGUGGGUUUCUGUUUCUCAUGUAAAUAACACACACAUCCACUCGCUUGUUCAUGAUCUUGACAGGACACACGAGAAGAACAGCUGAAUUUCAGGGCAUGUUUUUUUUCAUAUAAACGGGUUUUUUUGUGUGUGAACAGCGUCAUGUCGAUGGAAGACCCGUUUUUUGUUGUGAAAGGGGAGGUCCAGAAGGCUGUGAACACUGCCCAGGGUCUGUAUCAGAGAUGGACUGAGCUACUGCAGGAUCCUGGCAGUGCCACGAAGGAGGAGAUCGACUGGACCACCAAUGAACUGAGGAACAGCUUAAGGUCUAUUGAGUGGGAUUUGGAGGACUUGGAUGAGACCAUUAGUAUUGUGGAAGCAAAUCCACGGAAGUUCAAUCUUGAUUCUGUGGAGCUGAACAAGCGGAAAGCUUUCAUCACCAGCACAAGACAGACUGUCAAGGAGAUGAAAGAUCAAAUGGCAAGUCCAAUGGCUAUGUCCCUGUCAGACAAGAAAAACAGACAGACUCUGAUGGGAGAUGGAGGGUCUCGUGGGCCAAUCUGGCAACCAGGAGGAGAUAAAUACACACGUCUGGACCGAGAACUGCAGUCAGCCAACUCGCAGUUUAUUGAGGAGCAACAAACUCAGCAACAGCUCAUAGCGGAGCAGCAGGACGAGCAGUUGGAACUGGUGUCGGGGACCAUUGGUGUAUUAAAGAACAUGUCUGAACGUAUUGGACAGGAGUUGGAUGAACAGGCCGUAAUGCUGGAUGAUUUUGGCCAUGAGAUGGACAACACCCAGUCCAGGUUGGAUAAUGUGAUGAAGAAGCUGGCUAAAGUUUCACACAUGACUAGUGAUCGGCGACAGUGGUGUGCUAUUGGCGUUUUGUUGGCCAUCCUGUUCGUUGUGAUCCUCCUCCUCAUUGUUCUGUGAACAGCACUCCGUUCCCAGCCACUACAGCUUUCCUCAUUCCAACCGAAGGAUUGACUAAAACAAAGGUGUUUUAUGGAAAGGAAAUCACCUUUGUCUCCACUCAUUCAGUCAUACUCUUACCUGCUGAGUAUUGCAUUUUCUUCUGCCACUCCAAAAUACUACCUGUGUGGUACUUUAGCUUGUUUAUCUGUAAAUAUGUGUAGAUUUUGUUUGGUCUCUUUUUUUUUUUUUUUUUCUUUUUUAAACCAAGUGUUUUGGUGAAAGCUCAAGUGGCUUCUAGUUGUGCAGUCUGCAUCACUUACAUUUUCUGUAAGUGUGUUAGUACAAGAGGAAAAAGGAAAUCUUGAAAUUAGUGUCCUGGGUCAGGGUAAAACUUCAUCUUGCUACUUUUAACUUUGUCUCAUUAAUGCUUCAGAAUGAUUUAUUGAAGUAAUAAUGGGCUUAGUUUUCCAUAUGAAAAUUCGAUAGGGAUAAUAUAGAAUCUUUUGCUUCCUGUCCUGUUUGUUAACUGGUUUAUCAUGUACACCUGCUAUAUAGGUGCUGACCAUUUUCCAUCACCAAAAUAUCAGCACUGAUUCUUUUCUAAUGAUGGACAGAGAAAAGGGGGCUGACAGUGUACACAUCAACAGAUGAAUUACAGUUAGCAGUUAUGUACCUACAGAGUGACCUGUAUGGUGGAUCUACCUGAUGAAAGGGCCAGUAAGUGUACCGUAGGUACAGCUUAGACGUACCUAAUAAACUAACAGCUCCGUUAUGAUUCUAACGGUUAUUAUUAAUAACUAAUGACACUAACCAUACUUAACACUGGGGUUUCUUUAUUUGGAAUAAGAUUUAUUUUCGAAGCGGGUGUUUGAUUAACAGCACUAAUGAUGAAGUUAACCAUUUUCUUAUAUCAUCACUUUCCAAGUGCUUAUGAUUUCUUUUGGUCCUGUCUCAGUUUAUAGUAGAUGAUUUAGUUCAGGCUGAAUGAAAUUGAUUGAACGAUCUUGCCUGCAAACUAUUUAUGACAUACUUUGAGCAUCUUUGCUUGUGAGGUCAGUUGUAACGAAUAUAGUACCGAACAGUUAGCAGAAGAUUAGUGGUCCUACUGCAUAAAUAUCAAUUUGCUUCAAGCGAUGCUGAAGAGAUGUAGCUUUUUGAUUUAAAAACACACCCGCUGGGCAUCUUCCCCUGAUCGUUGUCCUUCUAGAGCACUUGGACCUAAUAGUGGAACAGCAGGAGGAACAUUACAAACAAAACAUUAAGUGAGGUUCAGACAGUUCAGGAACUAUAAUCACACAUCGAUGACAACUUUAUGGGUUAAAACACUACUUUAUGUUCAUCACUUUAUGUUCCUCAUUUUAGCAAGCGCAGCAGUGCAGUUCUGACAAAGUCAAAUGUGAGGAAAAAAGAAACCGUUUGCGGGUAAAACUGAAAACUGGCGUAAUUCAGCUGUUUAUUCUACAUGGUAAGAUGAAUUAAAUUCAUUUUUAUUCUUCAAACUAUUCAGCUUAAAUUUUUAAAAAGCACAUCGGAGUGCUCAUUUCAGUUCUGUCUUUCUGACUUUGUACAAUGUAUUUAAAAAAAGCUGAUAUAAACACCUCAAAUGUAUAGGAUUACUUUUUAAGGAGAAAUAAGGAGCUAUUCCUACUACAAAUAAAUGACAAAAUAAAUACACUGCGCCUUUUUCCACUGCAGCUACCAAACAUUUUGAAAACUGAAACUGUGCCUUUUUUUUUUUUUUUUUCUUUAAUUGGCCUCCAGUUCAGUAACAAAGGUUCCAGAUUUUGGAUGUCUGCUGAGGAUGAGCAUGUAACACCGUUUACACACACUAACUCAGAUUGGCCAUUUUUAACAAUGUGUCUUCUAACCUGGUCAGUUUAUGUUGAGCACUUGAUCAAAGUUAAUGAAGUUUUUUCCCUUCAUGUUCAAAGCAUUAAAACACACUGUGGACUAUGAUGUCAUUCCUUUUACUACCUUCACUGGUAGAAUUCCAGUUCUUUCUUAAGUCGGUGGAAAUUAAACUGGCAACCAGGUGUAAUUUCUUUCUUAGGUCCUCGUUUAAAGUCGAUCCUAAACUUAGCAUGGUAGAGAGUUUCACUUUCCCUACUGACAUUUUUAAGGUACAUUUGUAAAUAGAAGUGUGUAUUUUGAUCAUAGAGUAAACUAUUGGUACACAGAGUGGUGUAUUUUACCAUCACAAACCAAGCAGGAACAUAAUCUGACAUAAACAAAUCACUACGUCCAUGACUGAGAUGCAGGAUUAGACCUCAGUGUAAUAUUUUUCAAAUAAGGUUUAUUUCUUGAGCUAGUAAUUUUUUUUUUUU